AUGGCAACUGAUACAACAUCAGAGACAAUUCCACCUCCUUCUGAUAAAUCAGUAGCUAUUUGGAUCAUGCAACAUAUAUCACCAGAUCAAAACAACGACGUUGAUGCGUAUUCAAGAACGAUAACACCGACAAGCAUUAUAUAUGUUUCUUCACCCAAGCCACAACAUCAACAUCAGCAACAACAACGACAACAACGACAACAACGACAACAACAUCGACAACAUCGACAACGACAACCACCACGACAACAUCAACAUCAACAACAACAACAUCAGCGACGACAACAACAUCAACAACAUCAACAUCAACAACGACAACAUCAGCGACAACAACAACAGUCACCACGACAACUAGUGGGUCUUUUUCACUAA